AUGGGCGAGGCAGGCGGCUUCGGUCCUCCCCUCACAAACCCCCGCCGCCGCCACCGCCGCCGCCGCCACUCCGAGUGGAUCCCCCCCUUAUGGGCCGUGCGGAGGAAGCCCUCCACCUCUCCGCCGCGCUCCUCCUCCUCCUCCUCCGCCGCCCCCGUCGCCUCCGCCUCCGCCGCAGCGUCGAGUAACGGUCACCCGGAGUACGAUCGGUUGCUUCCAUGCCCAUUGCAAAGUAGCCCACCUAGGGUUGAACAUCUUGUAGUUUCAGAAGGGUGCAAUGUUCUUGACUAUAUUAGUAGAGCUUUGCACCUUCCUCCACUGUUUGUUGCAGAUCUUAUUCACUUUGGGGCUGUGCAUUUUGCAUUAGUGUGCCCAGAGCCUCCUCCAACAGCAACUCCGGAACAAUUUCAGAUCUUUAAAGAAGUAACAGAACCAUCGGUCCUGCAGAAGAGGCCGUCCAUUAAAGGGAAGACGGUCAGAGAAGCCCAGAAAACAUUUCGGAUAACAGAUCCUAAUCAAUUCGUCGAAGCUGGUAGUUACCUACGUGUGCAUGUUCACCCGAAAAGAUUCCCGAGGUGCUAUGAAAUUGACUGGAGGUCUAGAAUAAUAGCAGUCACUGAUUCGUAUGUGGUCCUUGACAAACCUGCUGCAACCUCAGUAGGAGGAACAACAGAUAACAUAGAGGAAUGCUGUGUGACAUUUGCUUCUCAUGCCUUGGGAUUGGAAACCCCUUUGAGAACCACCCAUCAGCUCGAUAACUGUACUGAAGGCUGUGUUGUACUGGCUAGAACAAAAGAAUUUUGCUCUGUUUUCCAUGGAAAGAUUCGGGAAAAACAAGUUAAGAAGCUUUAUCUAGCGCUUGCUGCUACACCUGUGACAGCUGGAGUUAUUUCGCAUUAUAUGCGUCCAGUUAACAUUGCUCCUAGAUUAGUUUCAGAAGAUUCUAUUGGAAGAUGGCACCUCUGCCAACUAGAGGUGUUGGAGUGCAACGAGGUGCCUUGGCCAAAUUCUCAUAUCAGGAAAAUCCACAACAUUGAAGAUUGUGGGUGGCCGUCACAGGAAUCUGCCUAUGAGUGCAAAAUUAAUCUUGUGACUGGAAAAACUCACCAGGUUAGGGCACAGUUGGCUGCAAUUGGUGCGCCUAUAGUCGGAGACUCAAUGUACAUGCCUGCUGCGCUGGCAGAAAUGGCCAAUCCAGGAAUCAAUCCAUUUGGUAGAGGGAGAAAGGACUACACAAGUGAAGACAAAAGAAUAGCAGCUACUGAAGCCUGGAUUGCUCAACACGGUAAAGAACCAAAUGCAGCAAUUGGCCUUCAAGCAUCCCAUAUUUCCUGGGAUGAUGGUGAGUGCUCUUAUGAGGCUGGGGUUCCGUGGUGGCGACGAGAAACAGCUUAAUUUUGUCCAUACUAGACGGUGUAUGGACGGUUCCUUCAUUCCAUGUUUACACGCCAGCCUUUCGUGAUGUCCAGGCAUUUCACUCCGGGUUAAUUUGCCCCCAGGGGCCUCAAAUUUUUAGUUUCUGAUGUUAGGAAAGUUGGAGAAGGAUUUCUACAAGGCAUCGACUCCCAACAGUUAUAAGAACGAAGAAUUAUAGACGUUGAAAUUGUGCAACGUUUUUCUUCAUCUGCGACAGUUGAGCUGGCUGCAUUUGAUAGAAGUUAAUGCACUUCAGAGCACAACAGAGAGGAGCUCAAUAUAAGGUUUGACGUCUCUACCGCAUCUUUCCGGAUUCCUAUUUAUACAUUUGAGUAAUGGCUGGUCAAAAUUUGUACUUCAAGAAUGUUGUAAUUGCUCUUUUUCUUGUAUAAUGUUUCCUCAAUUAUUUUUAUGUCGAUAAUAUUCUAUUACUGAGUUGCACUGAAUUUCUCUUGCUGAUUAUAUUUUUUGGUUCAUGAGAGCUGAAUGUGCUUGCAAAUUGCUGCACAAUAAGGAAUCAACCUUAAUGUAUUAAUUACUGCAUUAUCAGCAAUUACCAGGGGCAUCGAAUUGUUGAUUUUC